UUUGACCACCAGAGGCGCUCCCGAGUGAGUCCAAAACGAAUAGGUUUGAAUGGAGAAAUAGAGCAAAAUCAGAGUUUAUAAAUAUUUAAUACUUCUUAUACUGAAAAAAAUACUAAUGUCUUCAAUAAGUAAUAUGCUGUUUUCCUAAAUUAAGAGAAUAUACUGACCAAAUGAAUAGUUACUAUUUUUAUUUUGAGGUUUUAGCCUUUAGCUCCAUUCACCCCCAUUCAUCCAGAACUCACUCGCGGGCUCCCUCUAGAGGUUGUCUGUGAUUUUCUAGUGCGGAGAAGAUAGGAAGUAGGUAGGCUCUCCAUAAACUGGCUUUGAUUCAGUCUUAUUUCACGAUUUAUUAUAAAUUAUUUAUAUAUUAUUUAUAUAAAGCUUGCUUAUUAAAUAUUUAUUUGGCUUAUUUAGCUUAAACAACUACUUUGAAUUACGUUUUGUGUAUGUAUAACAUAUAUAUAUUCACGUAUGUAUCGUUUAUUUACUAUUAAAACUGUCAGGUGGAACUUUGUAAUAUGGGUUGAGUUAAUUAAGGGGGGCACCAGGGGGGCCACUAAUAACGCCGCCGCUGCUGCAGGGAGAAGUCCGGUCGUGAUGGAGUUGAGCAGUAUAUCUGCAGCUCGCCCCAAACGAGGCAAAAAGACCAAUAAAUCUGCAGAAACCAACAAAGAAGGGGAGCAUGGCACAGUUACCCAGUUAGCCCCAACAGCUGUGAUGUCCUUGAAAAAACACCAGAUUCUACUGGCUGAAGCAAAGAAGAAUGAGGAGGCUAUGUCUAAAACAAUUGCUGACCUGAAAGAAGAAAGGGACGGUCUUCUAAAACAGUUAGACGAAUACCAGAAGAAAGGUCUGAAAGGUGGCACCGCAGAGGACGAUUCGUCUGAUCUAUGUGAGGACCAAGAGUCAUCAGAGUUUUCUGAAUCUUCUUCAUCUUCCUCUUCUACGUCAAUGUCAAGUUCCUCUGAAGAGCAGAGAAAGAAGAGAAAGAAACACAAGCACAGCCACCAGAAGAAGCUCAAAAGAAAGAAGAACAAAAAAGGAAAAGAAGAAAAGAUGCAGCAGUAUAGAAAGAGAGCUGGAAAUCCUCAGCAGACUGUUAGAAGAUACAAGAAGAUUUUGCAUCAGUACAGAAGGGGGAAAAAUCUCCGUGAUGCAUACAGGGCUGUUGGAGUAGACAGAAACACUGUAGUGGCCAAUGCUCCCAUUGCAGAGCUAGCUAUCGUGGCACCCCAAGAGUACAGUAAGGUGUUGGAGGGUUACUCAAGGCAGGAGAAACUGCAGGUGUUUGCAAAAAAGUGUGCAGAUGUCUUAAAUAAUGAUGUACAGCUGUUAAACAAUGUGGAAAUGUACAAAAAGAAAAACAAGCUUCUGCCUUUAAUGAAAAGAAAGUAAGUUUUUUUUGUAAUGUUUCGCAAGCUUGCCUAUUGUUUUGGACUGUAAAUAAAACUAAAAUGGACAUCCAACAGAUGACAGUGUUAUUGGCUGUGAAGACAAUGUUUUAAAAGUGCAGCAAUGGCAGAGUUAUUUUUCAGUUGUUAAUGAUUCAGAAGAUUUUGUUGAAUUUGUCAUUUUUGAGUGAAAUUGUUAUUACUGUCAUCUUCUUUUCUGUUUUUGAAAAAUAAGUUUUUUGGUUGCCACUUUGAAUUUAAUAAAGACCUGCAAGUUGUUACCAGUAA